AUGAAGCUGAAGCUACCGAACCCGGGGUUGGAUGAUCGUAUCCCCACGCUCGGGGAACUGGAGAAGAUGGAGAAGGAAGCGGCUGGAGACAGACCCAAAUGGGACAACAAAGCGCAGUACCUGCUCACCUGUGUGGGAUUCUGUGUGGGGCUCGGCAAUGUGUGGAGGUUCCCGUACUUGUGUCAAAGCCACGGAGGAGGUGCAUUCAUGAUCCCCUUCCUGAUCCUGCUGGUUCUGGAGGGGAUCCCACUGCUGCACCUGGAGUUUGCCAUCGGUCAGCGCUUGAGGAAGGGCAAUGUUGGCGUGUGGAGAGCAAUAAAUCCUUACCUGGCUGGAGUUGGUAUAUCGUCCUUGCUCGUCUCCUUUCUGGUGGGCAUGUACUACAAUACCAUCAUGGCUUGGAUCAUGUGGUAUCUCUUCAACUCCUUUCAGGAUCCUCUGCCGUGGAGUCAGUGUCCCCUCAAUGCAAACCGCACAGGUGUGGUGGAUGAAUGUGAGCGGAGCAGCACUGUUGACUAUUUCUGGUACAGAGAGACCAUCAACACGUCCACAUCGAUAGACGAGGGUGGAGAUCUGCAGUGGUGGAUGGUGCUCUCCUUGGUGGCUGCCUGGACCGUGCUCUAUGUCUGCUGCAUCCGCGGGAUUGAGACCUCUGGCAAGGCUGUGUACAUCACAUCCACUCUGCCAUACGUGGUCCUGACUAUUUUCCUCAUCAGAGGGCUGACUCUGAAAGGCUCCCUGGAAGGAAUCAAGUUCCUCUUUACGCCAGAUGUGAAUGAGUUAAUGAACCCUGCGACGUGGUUGGAUGCCGGUGCUCAGGUGUUCUACUCCUUCUCCUUAGCGUUUGGAGGGCUCAUCUCCUUCUCUAGUUACAACUCCAUUCACAAUAACUGCGAGCAGGACGCCGUUCUCAUCUCCAUCAUCAACGGCUGCACCUCGGUGUACUCUGCAACCGUCAUCUACUCCAUCAUCGGCUUCAGGGCCACGGAAAAAUACGACGACUGCCUCGGAGGAAACAUACUGAAGCUGAUAAACGCCUUCAACUUGCCAGAGAACAACAUCACAGAGAGCAACUAUGACGACAUGCUGCUCUAUCUCAACCAAACGAGCCCAGAUGUUUUUAAAGAGCUGCAGAUACAAAAGUGCGACAUGCAGUUCUUCCUCAGUCAGGGGGUGGAGGGAACAGGCUUGGCCUUCAUUGUCUUCACGGAGGCCAUCACCAAGAUGCCGGUUUCUCCGAUCUGGGCGGUGCUCUUCUUCAUCAUGCUCUUCUGCCUCGGUCUGUCCACCAUGUUUGGAAACGUGGAGGGAGUUGUGGUGCCGCUGCAGGAUCUGAAAGUGCUUCCCAAAACGUGGCCGAAAGAGCUUUUUUGUGGAGUGUCAUGUUUCAUCUCCUUCACCUUCGGGCUCAUAUUCGCCAUGCGCUCCGGAAACUACUGGCUGGCUCUUUUCGACAACUUUGCUGGUUCCAUUCCUCUGCUGGUCAUCGGCCUCUGUGAGAUGGUGGCUGUUAUGUACAUUUAUGGCGUAGAUAGGUUUAACAAGGACAUCGAGUUUAUGAUCGGCCACAAGCCCAACAUCUUCUGGCAGGUGACGUGGAGGGUGGUGAGCCCGCUCAUCAUGGUCUUCAUCCUGGUGUUUUACUUCGUAACGCAGGUCACAAAGACGCUCACGUACCUGGCCUGGAACCCUGAGUCGGAGAGCUUCCCCAUCCUUGAAGAGCGUCCGUACCCUGAGUGGGUCUACGCUGUCGUUUUUAUCCUGGCCGGCAUUCCCAGUUUGUCCAUCCCAGCCGUGGCCCUUUUCAAAUUCUUCCAGAGGAGAUGCUGCAAGCGGACGGACUACAGCGACGACACCGUGAAGACCGUCUCGGCCAAAAUUCAAAUGACGCAUUAGCAAGGGUGAUUGAUUUUUCAAUUUAUCAAACCAAUUGUGUAAAUAUAUAUAUAUAUAUAUAUAUAUUUAGAAAACUAAUGUAAAACCCUGAGUUGUUGUUGUUUAUAGUGUAUUUGCCAUAUUCCUGUAAGGUUUUAUUCAGAGUACCUGUGUAAAUAAUAGCAAUUUCAAACUGAACGAUCAAUAAAUGUGGUAUAUUUA